CAUUUUCCCGCCAACACCGGUACCUCACCCGAAGGUCAGUCUUCUCGGCAACGGUUAUUACGUGGUACCUGCUCCGUCCCACCGCUGGGUACCAAUCUCAGUCGAGUUCAGCCGAAGCAAGGUACCACUCGGUCGGUGCCAACAAAAGUGUAAACAAACAUGUCAUCGCCCAUUCAGUCGUCCACCCUCGACGGCCUCCCCAAGCAGUUCGUCACAGCCAUGCGCACCCUCUUCGACAUCAUGGACGACAAGAGGACAGGUCUGGUCAACUUCGCCGACAUCGAGAACAGAUGGCAAGACGACGGCUCCAAAGGCUUGCCCAAGGGCGUCCUCGAGAGUCUGCGCAAGGUGACACCCCCCAAUGGGAUGCUCACCUUCGAGAGGUUCUGCGCGGGGUUGAAAAUCUGCCUCUUGAGGAACCAAGUCGAGAGGAGGAGCGACAAAAGAGACGGCGGCGUCGCGACGACUAAUCGCCCCCCUUCAGCACCACUACUGGACAUUCAAGAACCCCCGAAACAAAACUGGAACACAGCCACCAUCAGGCCCAACAACGUUAUGUCGCAACAAAGAACGAUAAGUAUGCCCCAACUCCUCCCGAAGGACCCCCAAGGGGAGAAACCCGUCCCGAAUGUCAAUAAGCCCCUCUAUGGCCCCCCGAAACCCCCCAGGAGUGCCAUAGGGAUCGGGAAUAUGGACCGGGCCGAAAUCCGAACAGCGCUUCAAAACUGGCAAAUGGGCUUGAUGAUGAACGAUCAAGAGAACAAAAACGAGAAAAGGCCCCAAUUUGGGGGGCUUCUCCGGACUGGGAGGAGUCUAGGUGAUGGCAAAGCCGCCCAAAAUGAUAUUCCACUCGCCCCCGGGAUGUACCAGAAGAAAGCCAACGUCAGAAGAAGAGAACCAAGACGACACACUUUACAAAACGGAAUCGACUAUAAUAUGUUGAAGCGGAUGAAGCAAAUUGAACAAGAAAAAGACGUUUUGAUGCAAGGGUUGAAUGCAGUGGAGAAGGCGCGAGAGUGGUACUUGAAGCAAGUCGCUGCGGUGCAAGAAAAAAUGAAGUAUUUAGGACGUAUGGGUCACGUGGAACCGUGGUCGGAAGCCCAGCAGGAGAAACUCGAACUUCAAAGAGCUCGAGUUUUUGAAGUUAAUCGACAUUUGGCCGCCCUCACCGACAGCUGGGAACGUGGAGGUCUUCCUCUGCACAUGAACUUGGCGGUUCAUCACUACCCUCAAAACCUAGAUCUCAAUGACCGGCUCAAGCAGCAAAAUCGCCUCCUAACCGAAGAAGUGAGUAAAAAAAGCGAGAGGAUAUCGCUGUUGGAGAGGGAAAAGGCAAAUCUGAUCCAAAUGCUUCAAAUGAGGUCAGCGCCGAAUAGGAAUGGACAAGAAGAGGCGGUUUUUUGAAUAAUUAAAUCACUUUUACGAAAACACAUUUAUUAACAGUCAUUGAAACAAUUGUGAUUUUUUUGUGAAAAUAUAAAACAUAACGGUGUUACCUACGUGUUAUACAUAGAUAUGUUUCUUAGAUAACUUGUACCAGGAAGUGCCAUUAACAUACAAUUUGUUCGUAAUUAAGUUAAGGUUGGUACAAUUUAUUCAACUGCCAAAUUAUGGGUGAUUUUGUGCAAAUUUUUAAAUUGGUGCUAGCCAUUUUCCAUAUUGGGUGACCCCAAAGUGUCAAACUACUCGAUUCAGUGCCAAAAUACAAAACUGACAAAUUUUAUAUUUCUUGACACACUUUUGGGACACCUGUAUCUACACAUUUUACUAAUAAAGUAUAUCGUUUUUUC